AUGCCCAAUGACGAGCAAGAGCAAGAUCGACUUACAAAUCUGGUACACAAACAUUCAUGCUGUGCCAUUCUUGAGUACGUAGCACACUUUGUACUGAAGCAUUGCUUCAGCGGUAAUUACUCUGCGCCUGUCCAAGACCUGUUGCAGCAGCCAUCCUCGUCUUCACCAAGAUGGUACAACAAUGUAUCGACCGCAUCCUUUUCGUUGGGCGGCAGCUCUAACACGCUCAGUACCGGCUCAACGCAAUCGUCUGGACGCUCGCGCGGUAGAAAUAUCCAACCGCGCGUGUUGGACGUUGCCUGUGGUACUGGCAUUUGGAUCCUCGAGAUGGCCACGGAAUUCCCACAUGCACAGUUUCACGGGAUCGAUUUAUCGACAAUGUACCCGGCUGACAUCAAGCCCCCCAAUACCCACUUUUGUCAAGGCGAUGUGUUAAAUGGACUGCCUUAUACGGAUGCCUACUUUGAUUACAUUCACAUGAGUCUCGUCUACAACUGUUUUUCGUAUGAGGAUCGCAAGCAACUAUUGCUAGAGAUUCGACGUGUCUUGAAGCCAGGCGGAUAUGUCGAGUUUCGCGAUUUAGACCCGUAUCUUCGAAAUACAGGUCCAAAAACCAGAGAAGCCCUCAAGCCAUUCCAUCAAGCCAUGAUGGAUAAUCUCGAUGUCGACAUAACAUGGACAACACACAUGUGUGAGAAUUUACAGCAUACUGCCGGCAUGACCGAUAUCCACCAUCAAGUCGUUUCGAUCAAUUUCAUAUCGAGCAGCAAACUAAGCGAAACCUUUAACGCCACUGUUUUCGCCGAAUGGGAAAGCUAUCGCUACUUUUGUGUGAAAUAUUACAACCUUACCAACGAAGAAUACAACGCAAUGAUACAAAGUGUCAUGGAAGAGUGCAAAAAGCAACGAUCCUUUCUCAACUAUGUCAUGUGCUGGGGUCGUAAGCCGAUCAUUGAUGUGCCAAGCAGUGCAAAUAUUCAACGCGACUAUGUGCGUGCGGGUAGUUGUACACCGCCACCAGCAGCAACAGCAGCAGCAGCAGGGUCAUCCUCAUCCUCCUCCCCGACUUCACACUCGCAGCAUCAUCACCGUCAUUCCCACACUCCACCAUUUCGUGCACCCUCAUUUAUCAAGUCUGUUUCAUCUCCAGUACCUGCUACCACAGUGAGCACACCCAUGUCUCGAUCGUCACCGAAGUCCAGAACACAAAGCAGCGGCAUGAUACCCUCAAGCAAAAAUUCGCCGGGAAGUCUUAAAGCAAGAGAGGACGCGAGGAGAAACAAAGAAAAGACGUCGGAUAUUUACCAGUUUGCCCAUGGCUACGUCGAGUAG